UAGCCUAUCAGGAGAAGAGAGAGGGGUUUGUGGCUUUUAAAUGAUGUAUAUAUAAGCUUCCAUGGACCAUCUAGUUUUGUUGCUGUGCCUGGGUGAACGACUGCAACUCCACCAUGAAGCAGUGUAUGGCAUUGAUGAUGGCCUUCCUGUGUGUCCACGGGGCCCCUGUGGAUAUUUUGGCCCCCGGAUCCUGCCAAGAUGCUGUAGCUAGCGGAGCUGCUUCUGAAGCUAUGAACAAAAUCAAUCUGGACCGCACUGAGGGCUACGUUUUCAGCCUUGAUCGUCUCAGCAAUGUCCAUCACAUGAAGCAUGGUGAAACAGGGACUGUCUUCUAUCUCACAUUUGAUGUUUUGGAGACCAAGUGUCAUGUCCUCAGCAAGAAAAACUGGAGAAAUUGUGAAAUCCGAAACCCCGAAGAGUACCCAGUCUAUGGACAGUGCAAAGCAGUUAUGUAUAUGAACAGAGUUCACAGAGUGACCCGCCUGUACAAAUAUAGCUGUACCGUGAGGCCAGUGCCUGCCUCCAAAAUCAGGGAACGGUGCCCAGAUUGCCCUGUACAGCUCCCUCAGGAUCACAAAGAAGCCUUGAAGACAGUGAAGAUAGGCAUGGAGAAAUACAAUAAAGAGAGUGCGCUGGCCAACUACUUUGUUCCUCUAAACAUUACAAGAGUUUUCUCUCAGCUUCACUUCGGAAGAUUCUACAGUGUGGAGUUCACCAUCCAAGAGACGGUCUGCUCUUCCAAAACCGACAUAGCCAAUAUCUCCAAAUGUGAUGUCAUGGCAUGUGAGUUUGCGCACAAAGGAUUCUGCAAAGCCUCUCACUCUAUCACAGUCACCAGUGAAGAGCACCUCAGUGUUCAGUGUGAAAUCUUUGAACCAGAGGUGGCUGAAGAGGAGAAGAAAAAGCAUUUGAUCGGAGGUGAACUGGACCACAGCCACAGCAGCACAACAGGCUCGUCUACUGGACACGACCAUGACCAUGAUCACACCAAACCCCACGCACACAAACACGACCAUGAACACACCUCGGGCCACACUCACGAACAUGGCGAGGGCCACGGACCCACCCACUCUCACGAUCAUGACCAUGUUCACACCCAUCACACCAAGGCCCAUGAGCAUGCUCAGGAUGAAUGGGAGCACCAUCACCACCAGUACGGUCACAAAAAGGAGGAGACCCAUGAACACGACCAUGAGCUGGUCCUGGACCAUGAGCACAAACACAGACACCUCCAUGAGCACGAGCACCAUCACCACCAUCACGAACAUGCACAUCAAACCACAGUGAGGCGCCCUGAUGGCAUGGUCAAUGUCCUUCCUCCUAUGGGUGAGCCCAUGACCCUUCCAUCCUUCCCUGACAAGCCUGCUGCAGGACCGGAACAGGCCUCCACUCUCCCAUUCCACCCUGACCCCCAGAUACCAGGACAGAGGGAACCCACCAUCCAGCCCUUCCCAAGCACCACGUCCCCUGAGUGCCCUGCACAGUCCAACAUCCAAAACGGAAUCCUCAAGCAGGUCGUCAGUGAGGAUCCGCUCUUUAAACCCACUGUGUAGAGACCUUUGAAUGUACAGUGUAGUAAAUACUGCAAGAGGUACUAUUUUGCUUUGAGCAAUAAAACAUGCUUUGCCAGUCA